AUGACCGACUUCAGCUGGCUUCGGCUCGGGCAGCGUUCUCGUACUCCUAGCAUCCCCCGAACGCCGACGUCCCCUGAACGCGCGCCCAGACGGGCCGCCAGCAACUUGAGUCUAGCCAGCCAGUCUUCGCACGAGCCAUUGACCGGUAGCAGUGGUGCUAGUUUAUUUAUCCGCGAACAGGAUAAGAUAUGGUAUAAUCCCUCGCUAGACCAGAUGGUCGAGGCGCUCCAGGUCGUUCUUAUGACCCAGGGCGCACUACGACCCAUCCCUAUCGAGUACAACUCGUACAUCCUGCACCUAAUCGAAGGAUUCGCCAACGCCCAGGAGAGAAUUCAGACCAUUGAUGCUGCUUAUACCGAAGCUAGGCACUCGCUUGAGUAUCACCUGGAGCACUUCAAGUCUGUAGCCGACGAAUGGCUGGAACGCGAGAGUCAGUAUAAAGCCGAGAUCAAACGGCUCGAAGUACUAUUGUCGAGAACAUCCAGCGAUGGUCUAGAAGCAGUAACGCUAGCAAGGACGAACAGUGUUGUUGAUAGGAAUGGUCCUCAGGCUAAGCAGUUCGCCUCCAAAUUGAAGCGCCUCAGCACGCAAACCAUGCAAGAUGCGUCUCUUGGCGUACCUAGAGACGUGAACAGAUACGGAACCAAGCCAGUACCCAAAGUACUCGACAGUAACAGCGACUUCCUCAUGAGCGAAAGGAUACGGCGACAUGAUACUGUCAUAAAUGCUGGUAUGACUCACCCUAAAGGUAGGCGUCGACGCUGUGAGACAGUAGUGACCCCAGGAGCGAGUGAAGAUUCGUCUGGGCUAGAGAAAAAACCAGUGGAACCCACAGCUUCUACCGGUCGAAAAACACCAAAGCCACUAUUCUCGGAUGAUGUAUCCGAUGCGUCUGAGAUAGACAGCAAAAUAGAAACCGGGGUAAAAUCGUCUGGGUGGCGUAGAAAGCAAGCGAGGCGGCAGAUAUUAGAAAACUUACUAGACUGCGAGGAACCUCUCAUUGGCAGCAGCGAUGACGCCUCCCCACGCUCAGAGAACGUUCACCGGCAUCUAAGCGGCUAUAGGCUCGAUGAGGCGCCAAAAGACAUAAGUCUCCACCUCGACGAAAGACGCCUACGAUGCAUGUCUGGGUUCUCGUUUGUGCCUGGAGACGACGUAUCUCCUGUUCUCACGAGCGGCGGCUCUGCCAAUGAACUUCCAGCAGGCGCUUCUCCUAGGAGAAAUGAGGAUAGAGAUGUUGAGCUAUGGAAACCCAGACUUAAAGACACGAAAGAAAACUCAACCGAGGAGAUAAGCGAAGGACCGACGGGUGACUUGUCUAGCUCCCCGUCCCCGGAGUCUUGGGAAGACCGGUGGCCAUCAGCUGCGGAAAAGAUCUGCUCACAAAAUUCGUGUACGAGCAGUCUAGACACAGUAAUUCAAGCAGGUACAGGGAGCCCGUCGGUGGCUGCUUAUUUCAACUCUCCAAGAGUACCAAUGCCAGAAUAAUAUAUGAGGCGUUGGGUAGUGUAUCACCAAUACAUGUAGAAUGGAUGGAGUAGGUAACGUUUAUGCAGUGGUUCUUGGACGGUGGGUUUAAUCUUUGAGGGAUCCAUCUGUUUGCGAUACCUAUUGAGCUCGUGCUCACAAGGUCCUAGGUUAGGCUAACCCUAUGCAAGUAAAGAAAAAGUUUGACCUAUAAGUAGGUAGUCCGGGUAUUUUACACAUGUAAUUUCAUAAAAGACUUCCCGUAAUUCUACGGCGUCUAGAUUGAAUAUAUUUUAUGACUAAUCACUGGCAUAAACCGCAUGGGCUUCUGCGUGU